GAUCAUAUGUAUGUGGUCAGUAGCGCAUAUGCAGCCUAUGACCCAGCCUCCCUCUCACAUUACACCCUAUUUAUAACAUCCCCUCUGUCGGUUCCCCUCGUUCUGCAGUUCCUAGGAACCUCCUUCUGCUCCCAGCCUCGAGCUUCAGUCCCCUGCUCCUCCUGACAUCUGAGAGGCUCUGCUGCCGCGUAUCCUGGACUAACUGCUCACUCUGCACAGCCCGGCAACAGGCUGCAAGCUGGGGAUUACCGCAGGACACACUCUUUCCUUUCUGCUCUGAGGGCGAAGCUUUGGAAUAGUCCAAGGAGACGGAGGAGAAGACGCUUGGAUAUGCACGCGUGAUCCUUUUGUUUUGGUUGAUUUAGUAGUUUUACCUGCUUUUGCUCACUUCCUGCAUGAAAUGGAUCACACGCUGUUCGGAUGCCUGCGGAGCCCCCACGUCCCGGCGCAGGCCCUGCAUCCCGCCUUCGCCCAGUCGCCGCUGACGCUCCACGGGCGCUCGGACCACGUCUCCUACCCCGACCUGGCCUCCUCCUCCUCCUCCUCCUCCACCUCCUCGCCCUCGCCCUGUAUCAUAUCCAGUUACCCGGCGGACGACAGCCUGUUUCCCGGGCAGCACCACCACCACCACCCCCACCGCGGCCACCUGCCCCCCCAGCAGCAUCACCACCCGCCUCAGCACCAUGGCUCCUGGCACAUCCCACAGAUGCCCUCCCCCGGCAGCGGCUCGCGCCACGGCCUCUGCCACCCGCCGCCCCACUCGUCCCACGACAGCGGCCCCACGCCCCCAGACCUGGGCCACCCAGGCGGGCCGAGCAUGUGCGCCAGCACCCCCAGCGUGGGCAGCGGCGGCGCCCCCACAGGGGCCUCCUGUGUGCCGGCAGACUUUGGCCGACAGACCCUGUCACCUGCUGAGGCGGAGAAGAGGAGCGGAAAGAGGAAAAGUGACAGUUCAGAGUCCCAGGACGGGAAUUACAAGUCGGACGUGAGCAGCAAGCCCAGGAAGGAGCGGACGGCGUUCACCAAGGAGCAGAUCCGAGAGCUGGAGGCCGAGUUCGCCCACCACAAUUACCUAACCAGGCUAAGGCGCUACGAGAUCGCCGUCAACCUCGACCUCACUGAAAGACAAGUGAAGGUGUGGUUCCAGAACAGAAGGAUGAAGUGGAAGCGGGUGAAGGGCGGCCAGCAGGGGGCGGCGGCCCGAGAAAAGGAACUGGUGAAUGUGAAAAAGGGGACGCUGCUGCCGUCGGAGUUCUCCGGCAUCGCGGCCCUCCACCACUCCACGGACUCCUUAGCCAACGACGACAGUCACGACAGCGACCAGAGCUCUGAGCCCGCGCACUUAUGAUGCACGGCCGCCGCCAGGGAGGACUGCUGCGCGCCCACGCACCAUCGUCAUGCAACGAUGCUAAAUAAGUGUGCACAUGUACAGGGGGAGGACGCGUGUUGGGAAAUGCAGUUGUCACGCAGGCAAAAUGUAGAUUCAAAAAGUUGAGCACAUGAAGCGAAGAUGGUGAGGUAUUUAAAAAAAGCCAUUGGUCAAAAGAAAUGUGGAUAAAAGCCCAAAAGGUUAUCAGGAAUAUUGAAAUGGGGCGUCUUGGCUACAGAAUUGUUGUAGGAACCGUGUUUAGUUGAACAUUCCAAGUCAUGUGCCUUCAAAGAUUUGCACUGUUGAACGUACAGUCUGCGCCUCAGUCAGCUCCUACUGUGGAACAAAUCACGACGUAAAUGAGUUACUGAUCAAAUCAAGUGCCAGGAGAUUCAAUUUGCCUUCGCUAAUAUGAAUGAUCUGUAAAUAUUUCUCAGCCUUGUUUUACCUUUACAACAUUUUUAUACCGACACUAUCGCGCAGUAAUGAACACUGUCACUUGUUAAGUUGACGCCUUUGUGCCUGGAGAUGCCAUUUUGUAACAAAUUAAACCUGAAACACAUAUCGAAUCUUUUCAGGGACAGUUGCAGAUUGAAUAAAAUUUAACCAGUGGUGAAUGGAA